UCUAAGAAGAGGGGGUUGACAGCCAUCAUUGACAGCAGAGAUGGUUCCUGGUCCAACCUGGUCACACUUCUGGGAUGCUUGAAGCAAUCACUUGGUGACUACCUGAAGCAGGUGCUUGUGUUGAAGAGUGAAGGGGUUACCAAGCAGCCCAGCAGUGCUAGUGUGCGUAGGGAACCAGGGCCCAAUAUUGAGCCUCAGUUCAUCAACCUGAACCGUCUGUACAGUUUUGUUGACAAAAAUCAGCUGAUAGGCAGCAUGGGAGGUACCCUCAUGUAUCACCAUGCAUACUGGCUUAAGAACAGACAGGGCCUUGAGAAGUUUCUACGGGAAGCCCGCGCUGCGGCAUCCCACUUGGACACAUCAGAGUCCGAGAUCAGUUUCCAGUACCGUAACCAGGCGCCCGAGUCUCCUCUGAGCCCCAUAGACGCCCUGCAGAGGCACAGGAAGUUCAGGGACCAGUGCCUCGCUGUGCCGUCCGUUGUCAUCCAGCAAGGCAAGGAGUUACUUGAGAAGCUCCAGAAAUAUAGCGACGUUGCCAUGGCGGGGACUGAGCCUGUGACCACCCUGGACAACCUGGAGGCCCAGAAACACGCGAAACGCAUGCUGCAGUACCUGGAGGCACGUGUCGACAAGGUGGCCUCGUACCUGGACAGCAAGGGACGUAACCUUGACCUGGACGUGCAGCGUGAUAGUGUUCAGAGGGAGAUACGACAGGUUGUUGAAUGGAUACUGGGCCCCGGUGAGAAGUUGUUGGCCAGCCAAUCAGAUAUCGGGGACUCUGCUGAAAGUGCCGAGGUCCUGAGAAAGAGACACGAGGAGCUGGAGAUCAAAUGCACCGAUACGUACGGCCACUACGCGGAGCUCCGUCAUCGUGUGGAUGACCUGUUACAAGACGAGACCCAGUACGGAAAAGACAUGCGCGCCCAGCGAGACUACAUGGACACAGUCUGCAGGAGCCUGGCUAGUAGACUGGAGAGGAGACGUACACUGCUGAUUACCUCUGUGAGGUUUCAUCGUCUAACUGAGGAGUUUGCACGUAAGUUGGAUGAUCUUCUAGCACUGCUCUACAAUGACCGCGAGGCAGACUCAGUGGAGGCAGCGAAGGAGGCACUUGAAGUCUUGAAGGAGAAGGUCGAUGCAAUAGACGCUGCAGCUAACCGGGCAAUGCAGGACGGUCACAGUCUCUUGGACGAGAUGUCUCGACCAAUCAAAAACGCUUUUGGUGCGGACAUUUCACCGGAUUACGCCAGCCAGACGAAACACGUGGAGCAGAAGUUGGAGGAACUGCAGGAGCGCAAGAUGAGAUGUGACGAUCUGGCAGACGUGAGGAAACUGAAACUGGAGCAGAUCUUACAGCUACGCACAUGUGAAAAUGAUGCACAGAAGGCAAUCACAUGGAUCCUUGAGCUGUGUGACAUGAUGUUGACCACACAGACCCACAUCGGUCAGACACCCCAGGAGAUUGAGUCUCUGCAAGACCAGCACAGGAAAGUGGAGACUGCUGCAGGGGGUACCUAUGACUAUGGGAAGCAGCUGCUGCAGGCAGCCCUGGUGCUGCGACGUUCCCUCCGACAGGAACUGGAACCCAACAGCCUGCUGGCUCAUCAGCUGGAGGAGGCAUGGAAACGAUUCUCUAUCGGCAACAACGAGCGCGCCAACAGACUCAAUGUAGCCUCAAUGUUCCUGGCACAGUCUGAUAAGCUAUUGGAGCGUGUAGAGCAGCUGAUGGUGGUGGUGGCUCAGACGCUGACAGGGGACGUCCAGGUCCCGGAGGCUCUACGGAGACACACGCCGGAGAAACAGGCGGUUGGGCGGGAGAUUGCAGACGUGUCUCGCAUGGGAACUGCUCUCCUAGAGCGGCUUGCACUCCCAGUGAUUGCAAUAGAUCGAGAUGGCACGGAAACAAUGAUAUGGCCGGACAGCCGCGAGAAGCAGCUUAGCAAAGAAGACCAGAGUGCCACGGAAACCAUCAACAAUCGCCUUCGAAAACUGGACCACAAAAUAUCCGAAUUGAACCGUUACUGGAAGGAAAUGGAGCAGACGGGACAACCCCCCUCUGUGAUGCCACGAAUUUCAAAAGCUGCAGUCAAUACUUACCCAUUGGAGCAAGGUCAAGGUCAAAGGUUACCUAUGACCUCUGAGCCAAGGUCAAGAGGUCAAGCCGAUCCAAGGUCACAGACUCUUCCAUUGCCAGGAAGGUCAUCACUUGGUCAACCAGGCAGGGUGCAAAGUUUUAGCAAUAAGGACAUUCCAAAACUUAUCAAAAAGGGACCAAUAAGGAAAAGGGACAGUGACAGACGGAGGACGGCUGAACUCAUAAAGAGUCAAAGGUCAAAGCCCAAAGAUCAGGCUGAUUCUGGAGAAACCAAUGGUCACAGUUAUCAAGAAAGCCAGAUAAAACCAGAUUCUUUAGAUGCAGCAAUGACUGAGCCACACGUCAGCCAGUCCUAUUACCCUAGGUCAGAGGACUUCUCCGGCCAUAUUCCACCGUCUAGUUACUCGUAUCUUCCACCUGCCAGGGAACAAAGGACCUACCCCAGUGAUUCAAGCAAGGCUUACGCACCCCUUAUCAACAGUCAGGCACAACUGCCAUCAUCAUCAAACAUAUCACACGAUCAGUCAUUAGAAGUUGAAGAGAAGUUUGUGAAGCCCUCAUACCAGCAACAUCAGCAAUCCACCUAUCAGGCUCAGCCGGAAUAUCUACCAACCCAUCAAUCUCAGUCCACCAAUGUUGUCACCACACGCUUGCCACUCUUCACUUCAACGGCAGAUGUUCCCUCACCAAGCUCUGCCAACAGUUCUUUUUCACAAACACCCACUGGCUAUCAUCCAAUGGAAUCUGAAAGCUCGGUCAAGGUUUUUCCAUCCGAACCAGCGGUGUCUGCAACACAGUCCAAGAGCGACACUAAUUCAGAAGAUAAGCUGAAACGGUCUGCAAAGUAUAUGAUACCAGACACACUGCCUAUCACCAAAAGUACGCCUAACCUGCCUGCUGGUGUGCCACCACCAAAAGUUGACAUAAUGCCGAAAUUUCAUUCGUCACGACGGGCGGAUAGCCCACCAAAAAGUUUCCAAGAACUGUUGACAAAAUUUCAGACCGGUGAGACGUUGAGUCGGCCAGUUGAGAGCAGGGAAAAACAGGAAGUUCAGAAGGAGUUGAACAAGGUGAUGAAGUCUCGCGUCUCGUACCUUGAUGAUGAAGAGAAAGUCAUGGAUAGACGGGUUGUGCCUCAGCUGCAGCAAGAAAUGGAACAGUGUGGAGAAUGGAUCAGAGUGCGUGUGCACCAGAUGGAGCCAGACCUGAUGGAGGUCGGCUCAACCCUGGAAGAAGCUCUCCAACUACAAGCCGAACAUGACCAACUCCUAUCCAAACUACAAGCCAAAGAAGACGAGAUCAAACAGCUCCUGUCGCGAGCAGACAGCUACGCAGCUGAGAACAAGUCCGAGGCCGUAGUGUACUCGGCGAUGUCCGACACGCUCGCGGAGGCCUGGAAAGAUCUCAACGACAAACUACAGUACCGAAGACAACUCCUGGCUGAUAGCGUCAAGUUCCACCAAGAAGCCCAAACUUUUGCCUCCCAGAUGGAGCAGGCACAGAGCAAGUUCUUGAAUCUGCCGUUGGCAACCGACGUGGACUCAGCACGCAGACAGCUCCUGCAACAUCAGGAGAUCAAACAAGACAUACUCGAAGCAUCGAAGACCUGCCUUGAUCUAGGCCAUGCCUUGCUUGCCAGAAUCAAGGAAAUGGGAAUGCAUGCAGACUUUACUAACCGACACGCAACCACAUCAGCGUGCUACGGAAUUGAACAUCUACUUGAACUACUACAAGACCGAAGACGAAGGCUGGAAGAUCUCUGGGAACAGCGUAGAAUACGCCUCGAACAGUCACUGCAGUUGUACCAACUCGACCAAGAAGUCAACAAGGUCUUGAGUUGGUACCGCAGCACAGGCACAGCACAGUUACAGAGAACAGAGCUGGGUGACUCCCUGGAGACCGCUCUGCACAUCCAAGCCGACCACCAGAGAUUCGAACACCAAGCUAGAGAUAUACAAGACACCGUGCUCCAACUAGUACGUAACGCCGACCAACUCCUUCGCCGCACACAUCUCGAUGCCGAGGGUGUACGUCGGCGUCUACAGGAAGUGGACGCGGAAUGCGAGAACUUUAUGAUCAAGAUCGACAUACGAAGAAAGAACAUCACAUCGGCCGUGUCAUUCUUUGACAAGGCUGAAACGGCUCUUAAAAGAUUGAAAGAGAUAGAAGUCCAACUGAACACCAUGGACUUACCGCGGAACAGCGAGGCACUUGCAGACCGCCAUUCGCAGUUGUCUAACGUCAUAGUGGAGAUCUCCAUGGCAGCACAGACCGAGGGUCGCCUCCUACUAGAGAGGGUCAGUAGGGACGACCGCGGCGCUGAUGGCGUUAGACACCGGAUGCAGCUACUGCAGACUCGCUGCUCAGAACUUGAGUCCCUCUGUAAGGCCCGCCGCGCUGAGGCCUGGGAGAGGAGCCAGUCCUACCUACACUUCCAGGAGUCAUACUCAACUUUAUACACCUGGAUUACCCAGAUAGUCCAGUCCACACUGAGUCGCCAUAGUGACAUGGGCUCCAACCUUACAGAGGCGGCUGAUUUCCUUCAAGUACACGAACAACUAGAGGAAGACAUUAGAGACAAGAAUGCGGAGUUGCAGGCCUUAAACGAGGCGGCGCAGUCGAUGGUCAAAUCAGGGGACCAGGAGGCCAGCGCUGCCAAGUCCAAGGUCGAGCACCUUCAGGUGGAGGUGACACGCCUACACCGCGUCACAGAGAUCCGCAUCAAACUCUGUCUCAUCUACGUAUCGUUCCAGAGGCUUGUACAACAGAACGCAAGCUGUAUGAGGAGUCUGGAACACACCCUGAGGUCGGACACAGAAAACCUGCAGGACCUUACAGACACUGCCGUACAGCAGACGGAGAAUGUCUGGUCGGAGGUCGAGUCCACCUACAAUGACCUUGAAGACAAGGGCAGAGAAUUCUUACAAAAUUCAUCCAUCAUCACCGAUGAUUCAUCAUUGCAAAUUCGUCGCACCAUCCACACAGUUGAGUCAACCCUCUCGGAGACGAGAGAUCACAUGACGUUCCUGACGACACAGUGGGAGUCCUGGCAGACCCACGUAUCCACAAGUCGUCAGUUCAAGACACAGUGGCAUCAGUUCAUACAGGAUGCCAGAAAGACCAUUGACCACGUAAUGGCCAUCGAAAAAGAGCAAUUUGAACCCUAUUUAUCGGGUUACCUGGGUAAUACGCUAGAAGAAGCCCAAGAACUGCAGACCAAACUGCAAAAUUUCGAGCCCGACUUUCAGCAAGCUCAAGCUGAGCUAGAGGACCAUCUUAAGACCGCAGAGAUGAUUUCCCUGAAAGGGGACACGAGGGGCCAGAAGGAGCAGAUUGUGAACGAGCUGGUGAAGGUUCACCAGAGGUUCCAGGCCCGUAUUCAUGAGUACCAGAUUUUACUGAAGAUGACCAUACAGUUCUUCAAGAACUUGGAUCAACUUGACAAACUGAUUGAGAAGACGGAACAUGAGUAUAUGGAGUCUGAGCUUCCGUCGGACCUGACUCGAGCCGAGUCGAUGCUCGAGGAACACAAGAGGAAGAAGCAGGAGAUCUCGCACCUCAUCAACUACACCGCAGACGAGGGCGAGAAAAUAGUGGUGCGCGUCAGGCAAACGGAUGCAGAGGCAGUUGCCAAGGACGACGUGCAGAAGGUUCUUGGAGCGGCCGAUGAAUACAAGCGUCGCUGGAACCAUACCUGGGAGGAGCAGGAGCGCAGGCUUAGACAAAACCUGCAGAUCUGCCAGUUCAACUUUGACCUACGCACUAUUCACUCUGAGGUGGAUGAGCUACACCACCACCUCCAAGCCAGGCGUGGUAGCUAUGGCAACUCAUUGGGCGGAGCCCAGAUGACAUCACAAGCUUUCAAGCAGUUUGAAAUGACUGUUGAGCUGAUAGAGAAGAAGAUCGAGAACUUCAGCAGCACGGCUGAGCUGAUGGUUCAGGAGGAGCACUAUGACGCUGUGCACAUCAAGCGGGAGAUCGACAUGCUCAACACCAAGUGGACCACCUUCCACACCAGCGUGAGAGACUACCGGGAGAUGCUCGACACGUCCAUCGAGUACUUCAAACUGGUCGAGGAGACGGAGCAUUGGAUGGCUGAUGGCAACGACCUCCUUAUCACCCUUAGCAGCAAUGCCAACAGGUGCUCGAAGCCUGAUGAUACAGACGAGCUGCUACGUCCAAUCAACAGAUUUGUGGAGGAAGGAAAACCAGUCCAGGAUGAGAGACUGAACCAGAUCUCAGAGCUGGCUGUACAGCUGUAUGGAGACGAGGGCCCCAGCCGGGUGCACAAUCUGUACGUACAGUACCAGGACCUCAUGCAGAACUUCCAGCAGGCCGAGAAUGAGGUCGACAAGCUCAGACAUAACCUGGAGCAAAUGGACCAGGAACCAGCCAUGGAGCAGUUUGUCCCCAUGGAGGUCACAGUGACCGCCCAGGCCCCACCCCGCCCACCCCGUAUCACUCAGCAUCUCAAGAACGCUGAAGUCAUGGAGGGAACAAAGGUGGUAUUCGAGUGUCACAUCGAGUCAGAGAUCACAUUCGAGGUGCGCUGGUUCAAGGACAGCCUCCCUUUGAACUCCCCCGACUAUGAGACGCGUCUGGAUGGCAACAAGGCGACGUUGACCAUCGAGGAGACAUUCUCUGAGGACACGGCCCGCUACACUGCACGAGUAAGGAACGGGGCAGGGGAGGCGGAGUCCUCCGCAUAUCUGCAUGUGAAAGAGACACAUCAGCAAAUAGUCCCACCAGAUUUUACAAAGAACCUAAAAUCCGUUGACGCCCUCGAAGGCAGCCCCUUUGCCUUUGAGUGCCACAUAAUGGGCAUCCCUUCCCCCACAAUAAGUUGGUACAAGGACGAGAUCAAUAUAGACAAUUCCCCCGAUUACGUCAUUACCAAGAUCAAUGGCACGUGUUGCCUGAAGAUAAAGACUGUCACACGAGAGCACAGCGCUCGGUACACGUGCAGGGCAAAUAACCCUGGCGGUGAGGCUGCGUCUUCCGCCCGACUUGGUGUUAUUCCUGCCCAAACUCCCAUCAUACAGCAACCACUGAGGGAUGUUGUGGGAGCCGAGGGCAAGCCUGUCCGCCUGGAGAUCGUGUUCUCCGCCAGCCCACCACCCCAGGUCAUGUGGUACAGGGGUCCAGAGAAACUCACACCAUCACACCUGUACACUAUCACCAUAGAAACCACAAGGUCAAUGCUAGAGAUCACGGAGGCUUUCCCGGAGGACUCGGGAGACUAUUCUGUCGUGAUUCGUAACCCACUGGGAGAAGUACGCAGCUCCUGCACCAUAACCAUCGAGAGCUUCUACUCCAGUGCUGCUGAGAAAGUUGAUAAAACUGAGGACAUGUCAGUAGCCUCCCUUGAGGAGCCCGUGGCCCCUACCUUCACCCAGCACCUGCUGCCCAACAGGGAGGUCAUGGAGGGGGCCAGGGUCAGACUGGACUGCGUGCUGAUUGGCAACCCCGAACCUGAGGUGAUCUGGUACCACAACGAGAAGCCAGUGAAGGAGUCCUCGGACAUUCAGCUGCUGUUUGAAGGUGACCGCUGCACCCUGGUGAUCAGGGAGGCAUACCUGGAGGAUGCUGGCACAUACAGGGUGGCCGCCAAGAACGAAUACGGCCUUGCCGAAAGCAACUGUAGACUCCAUGUAGAACCAUUGAGUGAGCUAAGUGAUGCCUCAAUGACUGGUGAAAUCACUGCUCCAAAGUUCACACAGUUGCUUAGAGACGUGACGACCUCCCAAGGUCAGAGGGUCACGCUUCAGUGCAGAGUUCAAGGUCACCCACUGCCCAGUGUCCAAUGGUUCAAGGACAAUCGCCCAUUGGAAUCUAGCAAUGACUUCCAGGUGACUGCCUUCGCUGAUGUCCACAAUCUGACAAUCCCAGAGGCCUUUGUGGAGGACGGGGGCCACUACAUGGUGAAAGCCACCAAUAAAGCAGGUGAGGCGAAAUGCUACGCCAAGCUGGUUGUGCGCCCUGCCCCACAGGAACUGAUGAAGAGCAUAGAGACCAGAAGAACCACCACGGAGCUGACACACUCUCCACCAGAGUUCUUGAAACUCUUCCAGGACAAGGUGGUACGACCUGGGGACUCUGUCACACUGGACUGUGUCAUUGUGGGCAGCCCAAAACCAAAGGUUUCCUGGUUUGUCAACGGGGAACCAGUGGUGUCCCAGGACUACCAGAUCACCAUGGACGGGGACCGCUACUCGCUCCACAUCCCUGAGGUGUUUGACGAGGACGCAGGCCGGUUCUCUGUCACUGCCGAGAACUCCUCCGGCAAGGCCACCUGCUCCGGAAUGCUUCAUGUGGAGGAACCCAUGUCCACUGAUGUCAUGCCAGUUGUAAAGAGCCGAACCUUUGAGUCAUCCAUAGGUCGAUACUCGUCUACCGAGACUCUGACCACAACAGAAACCCACAUCUCCCGUCGGUCCAUCACUGAGGUCCGCUCAGACGGGCCCUCUUACAUCCCAUCUUCCGAGGAACACUCGACAACACUCGUGACCGACGUGAGACCCAAAUACGAGACAUACCCCGAGAUACAAGCAAAGGAGAAGUUUGCCACGACCAUAACGACCGACAUGCAGCCAAAAUACCAGGCUGUCGAUCUGACUAUUUCUGUCCCGAUUCCCCCCAAGUUCCUUCAGGCGCUGAAAAAUGUGUCGACUAUGGAGGGAACUAAAGUUACUUUUGAGGGCGUAGUGACAGGCAAACCUGAACCCACUGUUAAAUGGUUCAAAGAAGGUAAAGACCUGAAUGACGGUCCAGACUUUGAAAUCUCGUACCGUGACGGACGCGUUUCGCUGAUGAUUCCGGAAACGUUUCCAGAAGAUUCCGGCAAAUACACAUGCAAGGCAACAAACAUGGCAGGGACUUGCUCCAGCACUGCUGAGCUCAUUGUGAGAGCUGCAGUGACUCCGCCCUCAUUCACUGAGAGGCUGUAUGAUGUGUCCAUCAAGGAGGGUCAGCCAGUGAGAUUGACAGUCAGACUGGCAGGAAACCCCGCCCCCGAGGUCACAUGGUAUAGAGAUGGCAAGAAGCUUAUCAGCUCACCCGACUUUGAAAUUAUACAGGAGGGAGACAUCCACUCGCUGUACAUACCGGAGGUAUUCUAUGAGGACGCCGGUCAGUUCACCGUGAAGGCCCUCAACGCUGGAGGUCAGGCGCAGGUCACGGCCAAUCUCACUGUGGAAAGCCUCCCAGUAGAUGAAGUCAUGGAGGAAGAACAGAAACCUUUCAGUGAGGCUCGGGAAAUGUUCGAGCCAACUCGUGCGCCAGGAACCAGAACAGCCCCAAAACGGCCUGGACCCUCAGUGCCUCCAAAAUACUCGAAAAUCCAGAAACCCGAUGAAGACAAGAAACCAGAAAAAUACACCGAACAGGUGAAAAUGGAGAUUGUAGAUCAGAGACCGUUUCCGGAAUUCCAGAAAAGGAUUCCGGUUUAUGGAGUACCAGUGGAGGAAGCUUUACAGGAACCAGAAAGGAAGGUGAAAUCAACAACAGAAAUGCGGCUGCCAAAGUUUGGUAUCCCCAUUGAAGAAGAAGUGGCUCCACCUGCUCACAAGACACUCUACCUGAAAGAGAGGCCCAAAUUUAUUCGGCCAUUACACGACCAGAAGUGCCAAGAAGGUCAAAGGGUGAGACUUGAGGUCACGUUCAAAGGUCAGCCUGAGCCCAUCGUGAAAUGGUAUCGUGAUGACUCUGAGAUUCAGAGCUCCGCUGACUUUGAAAUCACAUACAGCAAUGAGAGCACAUCACUCUCGAUAGCAGAGGCUUUCCCAGAGGAUUCUGGGACAUUCAAGUGUGUCAUAACAAAUGCUGAUGGAACGGCAACCUCUGAGUGCCAGCUGACAGUGUUGUCCUCUGAGUCCCCAGUUUUGGAGCAGUUUGUUCCGGAAGUUUCCGGCCCUCGCGAGGAGCGGAUACCGUCCCCUAUCGAGGCAGUGAAGCCGAUGUUCAUAGAGCGUCUGCAGACGACACGUCUCGUUGAAGACACGAACAUCGUGUUGGAGGCGUACGUGUCUGGCCAGCCUUUCCCAGACGUCUACUGGACCAAAGAUGACCGCCUGCUUAAACCUGAUACGAGACACAAGAUCACUAUAGACGAGAGCACAGGCAAGUGCACCCUGUUCAUAUUCCGCUGUGAGCCAGCAGACGCUGGAGACUAUGCCUGCAUUGCCAGGAAUCCCAUUGGAGAGUCCACUACUAUGGCAACCGUUCUGCCUGUGGAAAAACCAUCAACCCCUGCACCACCGUUGCCCGCCUCCAUGCCACCGACCUUGACCUUUGACCAGGAGGUCCUGCAGAGGUCACAGCAGCCUCGCCGCACUGAGAGAGACUUCUACGUGCCGCGGUCUGCCAAGAUCCUCGAGAGCAACCUGGACUACCGCAGGUCCCAGUCAGAGAAGGAGGAACCAGAAUACCAGCCCAUUCAUGAGGAUGGGGUGAAACAGUUCCAAGUGUCUGGAUUUGAGGACCGUCUCCGUGAAGAAAUCCAGUACCGAGAGGGUAAAGUACGCUUUGCGAGUGAGACAGAAACAUCUGAAUAUGACUCUGAGGUGCCCAAUGACUUGCCAGAAAGCCCACCUCAGAUUGUGCAGCCAAUCAAAGACUUCAGACUCAUGGAGGGCGCAGAUGCUACCUUUGUGUGCAGAAUUUCAGGCAAACCUAGACCAAAGGUUGCAUGGUACAAAGACGGUCAUCGCGUGAAGCGUUCCAAUCGCUACGAGAUCAAAUACGACCGUGAUGGUUUCUGCACACUGCGUAUUCGCAUGGGCCUCCCGGAAGACGCAGGAUUCUACACAGUUCUUGCCGUUAACGCCCAUGGAAAGGACACCUGCUCCAGCGAACUGUUCGUUGAAACCGUGGGAAAUAUUGAUGCCACCUCAUUCGUGCAGCCUGAGACCCUGGACAGAAUACUGCGAAGGGAUUCUACCCGAGCUGGCACAGAUCAGCCUCAAGAUGUUGGUGGGGUGUUUGAGUCCCAACUCAAGCCCUCAUUCCGGGUCAAACCCAAUGACACAGAGGUUAGGGAAGGUCACACGGUCAGGUUUGACACCUUGGUUACCGGACGACCAGCACCAGAACUCACGUGGUUCUGCAAUGACCGCAAAGUGUAUCCCGAUGACAACCACAAGAUGGUAGUUAAUGAGGAGGAGGUUCACUCUCUGAUCAUUACGAGGGCCUCACCCCUAGACGCCGGUGUGUACACCUGCCUGGCAGAAAACAAGGGCGGACAAGCACAGUUCAAUGUCAACCUCAGAGUGCUUGAACGGGAGCAAAUGCAGCCACCAAAGUUUGUGGAGCGCAUGCAGAACUACACAGUGAGUGAAGGUCAGUCUGUGACAUUGACCGCGCGGGCUGUGGGCACACCCACGCCCAUGAUGAGCUGGCAGAAGAACAACAAGACACUGACACCCGGCAAAGACUACAAAAUGGAGAUAGACAAUGGGAGAGCGGUCCUGUACAUUGACAACGCCAAGAAGACGGACUCCACCUGGUUCCAGUGCACGGCUGUGAACGUGGCGGGUACAGCAUCAACCAGGGCCAAGCUUGUCGUGCAGCCUGAGUUGACAAAGAAGGAAGAACCUGCACCGAAGUUCAAUGUGGUUCCUAGACAGACCUCUCUUUCACCUCAAUACGAGAUCCAGUCUGAAGGCCCUGUACAGGAGAUCUCGUAUGUACGAGACGGGGACAGCGCAGUACUGCGCUUGAUUAAGGAGGAGGAGCUAAGCAGUGUGACUCCUCUCAGUUCUCUGUCAUCUGAGUCCCCUGACGGAUACUCGCCCUAUUCGACCUUGGGUCGCCCCGGGGUCAAACCCCCACCUCCGACCCCCAUAAGCGCCUCGGUUGAAGCCUCUCCAGAGCUGAGGCGGAAAAGGAUGCCUUUCCACAAGAUGGAAAAGCCCGAACCACUUGCCGUUCCCAUGGAAAUAGACGGCGAAGAAGAAACAAAGAUACCUACCAUGGCUGAAGCAAGAGCCAGAUUUGAUACUACUGACUCAGUCCCACCUAAAAAGGUGUCCAAGAUGGAGUUCAAGCCCGUGGCCCCUCAAAAGGUGCCACUGGGACCCAAAAGAGAGCCAAUCCCUGUGGAGGAGAGGGAUCACAGGGACAUUGCCCCUGCGCAGGCUAGAACACCUGAGCAGCCCCUCAGGAUCACCAAGAAGAGUCCCUCACCCAGUUACGAACUGCAAGCAGAAGGACCUGUUCAGCAGAUCAGCUAUGUGUCUGACACAGAAUGUGGAUAUGUCCGUGUGGUGUCCGAAGAGGAACUGGACUUUAGGAGACGUGAUGAGCCCACCCGGGCUGUCCCACCUCAACAGAUCCCACUUUCUGAAGACGAUGAACGCAUUAGAAAUGCACCACGUAAGGUAGCACCGCCAAAGGCUCCUAAACCCAAAAAGGGAGAUAGCUCCGCCUUUGUGCAUUUCACGCCCGAAGUGCCCGAGUAUUUUAGCGCUCCUGAGUCAUCCGACAAAUCAGAAACGGAACUGCUUCUUAAGGUUCCGCCAAUGGUGAAACCAAAGCCUAAACGCAAAGAAGAUUCACCAGAAAGUCACUAUGACAUCCAAGAGAAAGGCUAUGUUCAGGAGAUACACUACGUCUCCGACACUGAACGCGGCACGCUGCGUUUAGUGAAUUAUUCCACGGAGGAGGAUAUCGGAAGGGGAGAUGACCUGUUUCCUAAAGUUGAACCACAAAUUCCGGCUUCCUUGGAAACUAAAUAUAAAUUAUUCAGGCCCCAGAAACCACCGUCUCCAAAAGAAAGGCGGAGGACAAGGAAAACACCUUCACCUCCAAAAGAAAAGUCCAGGGAUGUAGACCAUGAGAGCGCUGUUCGGGAGUAUAUCCGCCGAGAGGGGGAGGCCCCAGCGCCCGAGGACCUGUACCACAAGAACAAGGAACUGCCUCCAGUGUUCCGUACUGAGAUCAAGAACAUGAUCAACCUGAAAGAGAACGAGCCCAUACACUUCGAGUGCAAGCUUGUUCCCAUUGGAGACCCACAUAUGAAGGUCGAGUGGUUCAAGGACGGACAGCCACUGCAGUUUGGCCACCGUUACAAACCGAGCCACGAGUUCGGGUUCGUGUCUCUGGAUAUCCUAUACAUGUACCCAGAGGACUCUGGUGUGUACACCUGCCGGGCAACCAACGAGUUCGGUACCGCGGAGACCGUGUGUGAGGUCAGGUGCAAAGGUCGUAGGUCCAUCAUCAUGGACUCCCAGCUGCCAGGAGAGGGCGCCCUGCGGCUGCAGGAAAUGGAGGAGAUCAGGAGAAGUCAAACAACCUUGGAAGAGAAUGCGAUUGAAGAGCCCAAGGCUCGAAGCCCGCCGGGCAUCGACCUGAAACCAGAGCCCAUAGAAGUACAGGAGGGGGAGCCCGCAAAGUUCCUUGUCAAGGUCAGCGGCUACCCACGCCCACGGGUCAACUGGUUUGUCAACGGAUGCCUCAUUGUUGGGGGCACCCGGUACAAGGUGACCUACGACGGAAUGAUGCACUACCUGGAGAUCCCACGUGCGCGGGAGACGGACGUGGGUCAGGUGCGCGUUGUGGCGCGCAACAGCGAGGGAGAGGCGGAGGCAUCAACCACGCUGAAUGUAUUACCCCACGAUGACUGGAGAUCCAAACUCAGACAAGCACCCAAAGGAGAUUUACAAAUUGAGCUAGAUAGACGAGCAAAGAUUGAGCUGAAGAGACCGCAUGUAACAGAAUACAAAAUCAGAGAAACCGAGAAAGUUGGUGACAAGGAGAUCACCAUAAGUCAGUAUGACAAAGAGACAAUAAUCACGGAACAGCAGUACAUCACAACCCACCGCGAACUUCGUCCAGUGAAACAGCCCGAAGAGCGGGAAAUGCCUGCAAGAGUUGUCCGCCCAGAUCGCCCGGAGAUUCAGCUCGAGAUCCAGCAGGCCCGAAUGGUUCCCAUCAUCCCGGAGCCAGUGGAGCCUGUGAAAGGGGACCAGAUGACUUCAGAGCAUCAGGUGCUGCUAGAACGCAGGGAACCACCCGUGUUCACCAAGCCGCUGAGACCUGCGCGGGUCACCGAGGGACAUCCCAUACAAUUGGAGGUUCAUUUCAAGGGCUACCCGCCCCCGUUGAUCACAUGGUAUCGGGACAGCUUCGAGAUCCACCCCUCGUGCUACUUCCAGAUCACAACAACGGAGACCGUCAGUCGACUACAGAUCCCCGAGGUGUUCCCUGAGGAUACCGGCAUGUUCACUGUGAAGGCCUACAACAUGUACGGCAUGGUACAGUGCAAGGCCCGCCUGACCGUGGUGGAAGAGGACGAGCCUACGCGGGACGUCCCACCAGAGUUCCGUAACCUGAUCAGAGACAGCCAGGUCCUGGAGGGGGAACCAGCAACCUUUGACUGCCAGGUGUCUGGUCAUCCCAAGCCCACUGUACACUGGGAGAAGGAUGGCAGACUAAUGGAGGAUAGUCCAAGAAUGAAAUUCAUCAAUGAGGAAGACAACUUCACACUGUUGAUCUUCGAAGUGAUGCCUGAAGAUGCAGGAAACUAUGCCUGUGUUGCCAUCAACACUGUUGGCAAGGCAACAUGCACUGCCAGACUGAACAUUGAAGUUCCCAUUCAGUCCCCAGAAACAGUGUUGCCCAUGGAUACAGAGGUCCCAGUCAGGGCCCCAGAAUGCAUCGAGAAGCCCCGUGACCUUGUGACCGACGAGGGAGAACCGGUGACCUUCACCUGCAGAAUCAGGGGAUCCCCAGCUCCAGUGGUGACGUGGUACCGUAACAACCAGAUUGUGAAGCCCUCCAAGUACUUCCACAUGGACUCAACGCCUGACGGCGUCCACAGCCUCAGCAUCCUCGAGGCCUUCCCAGAGGACACUGGCACCUACAAGAUAGUGGCGAGAAACAAGGCAGGGGAGACAACUGUUACCUGCCACCUCAAGGUGUUCGGCAUAGAAAGUGAGCCAGAGCAUGUUGCGCCUAUGCCCCAGGAGCAGCCACCCCAGAUCCAGCGUCCAAUCACCAACACCCUGGUGGUGGAGGGCAGCCCGGCCAAGUUUGUGGCCCAGUACUCAGGGGAGCCCCAGCCCCAGGUCACAUGGCUGAGGAACGCUCUGCAGAUCCUGCAGGAGACGCGGGAUAUCAAGAUUGAGACAACAAAGACAUCCACGACCUUGACCUUACGCCAGGCGUUCCCAGAGGACUCAGGCCUGAUCACCUGCAGACUGAAGAACAAACUGGGCAUGACCGAGUGCUCUGCCGAGCUCUACGUGCAAGAUGCUGAGCAGGCCAAGCUGCUAGAGGAGAGGUACAAGACUACGAUUGUGAGGACGCCACCUGAGUUUGUCAAGCCUCUGCCGGCUGUGUGUCAGAUACAGCCCGGGGAAGUCACCAGGUUGGAGGCAACAGUGGCAGCGCAGCCACCUCCAAAACGUUACACCUGGACGCGACAGGGCCAAGAGCUACGUCCAGACGAGCGACAUCGUAUUGUGCGUGAGGCCAACACAAUCAUCCUGAUUAUCUCCCCCACUCAACCUCAGGAUGAGGGUGAAUACAUCCUCAGUGUGGAGAAUGACCUUGGGGAGGUCACCUGCAGGACAACCUUGACCUUGCCUGGCAAAGAGAAGAUCAUACAGUUGCCAUCGACAACCACUGAGCCAAUGACCUUGACCCACACCACGACAACUAUCACCAGGGAGGAGCUCAUAACGACAAGGACAAUCCAACCAGAGCUGGUCCAGCCUCUAGAGCCUGAAAUCUACGUUAGAGAACGGGGCAUUGCAAGACUGGAGUGCAAGAUCGAUGCGUACACUCCCCCACUGGUCACGUGGUUCAUUAACGGGAUGGAGAUCAAGCCCUCCCCUCACUACGAGAUGCUGUACGACGAUGGGAAGUCUGUCCUGCUGAUCAUUGAGGUGGGCCCCGAGGACACGGGAGAGUACACGGUGAAGGCCACAUCUGACGAGAUUGGAGAGGUCGUCAGCAGCACCACUCUCUAUGUGCAAGAACCUGCCACAGAGGAGCUUACACUGCCACGUCAUCGUGACUCAGUCUCCAUUGAGCCAUCGCCCUCGGCGAAAAUGAUGCCGCCUCAUUUCAUCACUGCCGUCCAGUCCGUACAGGCAGUGGAUGGCCAGGAGCUCCGUAUGCCAUGCAAGGUAACUGGCAAGCCAAUGCCGCAGAUUUCCUGGUACCACAAUGGCAAAAACAUCGACCAAGACGAAGAAUACGUGAUCACGUACAACCCAGAGACUGGCGAUAUCAGUUUGCUGAUUGUGGAAGUUUUCCCUGAAGAUGAGGGGGAAUAUGUUUGCGUUGCCCACAAUCCAGCUGGUGAUGCAGUUACCAGGGCAACUCUGGUUGUCAUGGAAGCUGAGGUCACUGAAGAGGCACCAGAAGGCACUGAAAUGCUUGUCGAAGAAACAUCCGUGAAGAAAACCACUGAAGUAGUUUCGAUGGACAUUGAGAUUGAAGAAGACCAAGUAAAGCCAAAUGUCAUUGAACGCCCUAAACCAGUACCUAUGGAAGAGACCAGGCCAGAAUCCCCAACUCCAGAAGAAUUUACACCUUCAACUUCUCAGAAAGUUGAGAUUGUACCAGAUUUGAGACUUGAAGUUCAUGAGGUUGUUGUUCAGCCAAAGACAAAAGAAACGGUCAAAAUUACACUUAAAACUGAUAAAGCAUAUGAAGUUACUGAAGAAGAACUUAAGCCUGAAUUGAUUGAAAGACCAAAACCUGUUCCUCUUGAGGAGACAAGGGGAAGGUCUCCGUCACCUCAACUGUUCGACACAGUUGAUGCUGAGAUAACUGUUGAAAUCCCAGAAGAGAAAGUACAAGCACCAGAGGCUGAAGAGGAGGUUCUUGAACAAACUGUUAAACCAAAGAAAUUGGAUAGGCCUUUGCCAAAACCAAUUGUAGCUGAAAAACCAGCAAGAGCAGAGUCUCCUGUGUAUGAAGAGAUUGCUGAAGCUCCAAUAUAUGAAGAAAUACCUGAAAGACCACCAAAGCCAGCAGAAGAAGAGAUUCUUGAAGCUUCUGUAAAAGCAAAGAAAGUUGAAAGACCAAAACCAAAACCUUUGACUGAAGAAAAACCGGUAGAACCAGACUUUGAAGAGGAAGUUACAGUUUUGAAAGAACAUCCAAAGGAAACUGGUCCUGCUGUUGAUGAGGAGACUCUUAUCCCAGAUAAUGUUACAAAGAAAGUAGUAAUACCUGAAUUGAAACCACGUGACGAAUCGGUUGACAAAAAAUCCACCAGAGAUGGUGAGGAAGCACCGCCAAGGAAGGAAGAUAUUCAUGUGGAAGACAUUUAUCAGACUAUUGACGAAGCAGACUCAGUUGAAGAAAUUGCCCCUGAGUUUGUAGAGAUGCUGCAACCACAGAUGGUCAAAGAUGGGGACAGAGUAGUGCUGAAAUGCAGAGUGAUCGGAGUACCAACACCGUCGGUAACAUGGUACAAAGAAGGACAGGAGGUGAUGCCAAGUUCUGACUACCAAACAGGCAUGGAUGCUAGUACUGGUAUUUGUGUACUGGAGAUUCCAGAAGUGUUCCCUGAGGAUGCUGGCGAGUAUGCUUGCAGAGCCGUGAACCCGUUUGGAGAAUCAGUCACAACAGCCAAUCUUCUUGUUGAAUUGGCAGCUGAUGAGCCCUCUGAGAUUUCCACGACCUCCACGGAGGCCACAACGAUUGUAGAGCAGGAGGUGACUGAGGAUGUACCCAGGGAUGAAAGCCCAAUGGAAGAGGAGGCACCUGCUCAGGGUGUGGUAUUGGAAGUCCCUCUAGAUGAGGCACCAACCGAGGUUAUGCCGCGACAGAAACACGAGGUUCCUAUGGAGACAACCCCACGUGAAGAAAGGCCAGUGCAGCAACAGGCCCCGACCUUUGUACGACCCCUGGUGUCCGAUAUGGAACUGCCAGAGGGGGGCGUUGCCAAGUUUGUGGUCGAGGUUGCCGGGGAACCGUUGCCCACGGUAACCUGGUAUUUCAAUGAUUCAGCCAUUGAGCCAAGCCCAAGAGUUCAGAUAAUAUUCAGUGACCGUCAGUGCACACUGCUGAUUUUCAACACUGUGCCUGAAGACUCUGGGACUUACAUGGUUGAAGCAAGAAAUGAUGUUGGUGCAAAGACAUGCAGAUCAACUUUACAUAUUACUCCUCACAAGACCAUGGACUUUGAACUAGUACCAGAGCAGGGAGACAGGUCAAGCUUUUUGUACACAGACGAGGAAGAGGACACCAGCGUCAAGCGCCCAGUCUUUGAAUCUGAUUAUGCCUUCACUUCUGAGGAUGAAAUCCCUGAAGACCAACUCAUUGCUCCAGAAUUCACCCAACUGCUCCAGCAAAGACUGUCCAGGACGGUCAGAGGGUUGAGAUGGUUGUGCGUUUCCACGGGCGGGCCGUCUCCACGGAUACGCUGGUUCCAUAACGGUCAGGAGGUGCUGAGAACCACUGACUUUGAGAUCAUCAUUGACUACAACACAGGAACCAGUGUGCUGAUCAUUGUUGAGGUUUUUCCUGAAGACGAGGGUGAAUACACCUGUGUCGCCUCCAACAAACUCGGGGAGACAAUAACAACAUGUCUCCUCACAAUUAUCAGUCCAGAUGAGGAAGUGCCAGUCUCUGAGACCCACAAAGAGACUAUCGAAGUCCAGCAUACAAAGCCGGAAACCAAGGAGAUCCCAGAGACUACGCGAGUCACGAAAACGAUCCACAUUGAAGACCAACAACCAGAGGACGAUGAGUCCAUGGUUGUUCCUGAGGGGACCACUCACACAGAGGCCAUUAGGAUUGACAAACCAAAGCAAACUGUUGUCUUCCCUGAAGAUCAGACUUACACGGAGCUUGUUCAGGUCACUCCGUUGGCCCCUGGGCCUAAAAAGAAGAGCCCCAGCAUAGAGAUCAGGGUUGGUGUUCCAAUGACUGUACCUUCUACUACUGCUCAGCGCGUUACUGAGACCACCACAUACACCACCAUAACAAGCCAGAUUCAGGAGCAGCCAGAGGAGAUUCCUGAAAUCCGUGAAGGCAAAGAGACAAGAAGGACUACCAUCAUAUUUGAUCAGCCAGGGACGCAGCAAACUGUAGCUGUUGAGGUCCCUGAGAAGCCAGUGCCAACUGAUGUUAUCUCAGCAACAGAAACAGUAAAAACCACAGUUACCAAGCAACUGAGAAUCAGGGAACUCGACCAGAAUGAAGAAAUCCCAGAGUCACACACUGAAACUAUUGAAAUUCUUCAACAGCCACAGCCUCAAGAAGUAGAAAUGUUAGUUAAGGUUCCAACGAAACUUACUAAGGAAACAACCUUCAUAACCAUGGCAACUGAGGAGCAACCUCAACCCCAAAGGAUAGAAGUUGAGAUUCAGGAAUCCAUCACAACAAAGAUGCCUAUGAAACAGACUGAAAUUGUAAUCCCCAAAACCAAAACAAGCAUUACUGAAAUAGAGCUUGUUGCUCCACAGGCUCCGGUGGAAACAACAAGACCUACCGAUGAGCAUGUUGAAGAGGUGAGGCAAACUAUCGAGGUACCUGCGCAAAUGAAACCAACAGAAUCUGCCAAGAAGGAGAUGCCCGAUGAAACAAAACCAAAUGAAAAGGAGAAAAUUGAGAUUGAAGUCAAGCCUCAGGCUAAACAAGAAAUUAUGUUUGAAGUUUCCACUACUCAAACCCAACCAGAAGAAGCUGUUCCAAUUGAAUCUCAAGCUUCUGCACCAAGCCAAGCCCUAACAGUUGAAGAACGCGAGACAAUUACUGUUAAGCCUUCUCCUGAAAUGGAAACUAGGGCACCUGAAGAUGAAAUAAAAAUAUCAGAAAGGGAUACAAUUGAAAUUGUGAGAAUACCAUCUGAGGAGCAAACGUUUGUGGUGGAUAUUGACAUUGCAGAUAGAGCUCCAGUUGUUUCUGAAACUGUUCAGAUUGAUACAGUGACAAGGGAGACUACUUAUGAGCAAGUUGUUCCUGAAGUAACUGACAUCCAUAAAGAAGAGAUAACUCUUAAUGUGACAGGUAAACCACUGGAAGAGGUUCAGCUAACAUUUGAUAUUCAGUCUGUUGAGAAACAAGUUCCGCAAACAGAAGAAGUCAGAGAGACUGAAACUGUUGUUGAAAUGGUGACUGAAACUAUUUCAUUACCUGAACUUGAGGAAACACAGACAACACAUUUGCCUGUUGAUACUGAAGAGAAACAUAUGGAAGGUGUUAAAUUUACUAUUGACCUGCAAGAAAUGGAAACAACUGAAACAGAAGAAGUCAAGUUAACUGAGGAAACUGAGACUACCUUUAGGACAAGUGUUGAAAUUCCUUCAGUUACAGAAACAACAAUGGAAGAAGUUAGCCUGGAGUUUGAAGAACAGCCGUCUGAGGUUACAAUGGUGAUUCAAAUGCCACAAGAAAAGGAAAAUAUAGUCACUGAGGAAACCACUGCUUUUGAAAUAACAACAGUUACUGAAGAACUUCAACAAGAAGUGCCAGAAAUUGAACAAAAAUAUAAGGAUGAGAUAAAUAUUGUGACUGAUGAAAGACCACUUGAAGCUGUCCAGUUUGAUAUUGAAAUUAGUGAUCUAGAAGUACCUGUAAGUACAAAGGUUACUCAUUUUGAUAUUACAACAGAAACUGUAACCAAAACAGUUGAAGUACCAACUAUUGAAGAGACACAUAAGGAAGAGAUAACAUUUGAUGUGCAAAGAAAACCAAACCUGGUUGAAAUGGAAAUUGAAGUACCAACAUCAGACAUAACUGAGGUUGUUACAGUUACUAUAGUAGAGAAAACUUUUGAGUUACCCACUGAGGAAACCCCUGAAUCACACAAGGAAGAGGUUACUCUUGAUAUUCAAAAGAAACCAGAAACUGUCCAGUUAGACAUCGAGGUACCAACAUCAAAAAUAACCACAGACACAGUUGUGACAUCAGUUAAUGAAACCAUUGAACUCCGUACCCAAGAGGACACAUACACAGAAGAAGUAACGUUUGAUAUCAAACGUAAGCCAGAACAAGUAGAGAUGCAAGUUGAAGUUCAAACACCUGAAGUGGCAAGCGAAACUGUAACAAUGACAACCACACAUGAGACAUUUGUUUUACCAGAGGAAGACGUGCCUAAAACACACAAAGGUGAGAUUCAGUUCAAUAUAACACGAAAACCAGAUGUGGUACAGAUGGACGUUGAGGUUCCAACUUCUGAAAUUACCACUGAAUCAGUGACUGUCACUUCAGUAGAAGAAACAUUUGAGUUACCCACUGACGAGACCCCUGAAACACACAAGGAAGAGGUUAUUCUUGAUAUUCAAAGUAGACCCGACACAGUCCAGAUGGAAAUCGAUGUACCAACAUCAGAAAUAACCACAGAGACAGUUGUGACAUCGGUUCAGGAAACAAUUGAACUUCCUACUGAAGAAGAAACAUACACAGAACAGGUAACUUUUGAUAUCAAACGUAAGCCAGAACCAGUAGAGAUGCAAAUUGAAGUGUCAACACCUGAUGUGACAAGUAAAACUGUAACAGUGACCACCACACAGGAGACAUUUGUUUUACCAGAGGAAGACGUGCCUAAAACACACAAAGGUGAGAUUCAGUUCAAUAUAACACGAAAACCAGAUGUGGUACAGAUGGAUUUUGAGGUACCAACUUCUGAAAUUACUACCGAAUCAGUUACUGUUACUUCAGUAGAAGAAACAUUUGAGUUACCUACAGAAGAAACCCCUGAAUCACACAAGGAAGAAGUAACGUUUAAUCUUAAAACAAGACCCGACACAGUCCGGAUGGAAAUUGAUGUUCCAACAUCAGAAAUAACCACAGAGACAGUUGUGACAUCAGUUCGGGAAACAAUUGAACUUCCUACUGAAGAAGAAACUUACACAGAUGAGGUAACUUUUGAUAUCAAACAUAAGCCAGAACCAGUAGAGAUGCAAAUUGAAGUGCCAACACCUGAUGUGACAAGUAAAACUGUAACAGUGACCUCCACGCAGGAGACAUUUGUUUUACCAGAUGAAGACGUGCCUAAAACACACAAAGGUGAGAUUCAGUUCAAUAUAACAAGAAGACCAGACGUGGUACAGAUGGACUUUGAGGUACCAACUUCUGAAAUUACCACCGAAUCAGUGACUGUUACUUCAGUAGAAGAAACAUUUGAGUUACCUACAGAAGAAAUCCCUGAAUCACACAAGGAAGAAGUAACGUUUAAUCUUAAAACUAGACCCGACACAGUCCGGAUGGAAAUCGAUGUUCCAACAUCAGAAAUAACCACAGAGACAGUUGUGACAUCAGUUCGGGAAACAAUGGAACUUCCUACUGUAGAAGAAACUUACACAGAUGAGGUAACUUUUGAUAUCAAACGUAAGCCAGAACCAGUAGAGAUGCAAAUUGAAGUGCCAACAUCUGAUGUGACAAGUAAAACUGUAACAGUGACCUCCACACAGGAGACAUUUGUUUUACCCGAGAAAGACGUGCCUAAAACACAGAAAGGUGAGAUUCAGUUCAAUAUAACAAGAAGACCAGACGUGGUACAGAUGGACUUUGAGGUACCAACUUCUGAAAUUAUCACUGAAAAAGUGACUGUUACUUCAGUAGAAGAAACAUUUGAGUUACCAACAGAAGAAAGCCCUGAAAAACACAAGGAAGAAGUCACCCUUGAUAUUAAAAAGAAACCACAAACUGUUCAGAUGGAAAUUGAGGUACCAACAGCAGAAAUAACCACAGAGACAGUUGUGACAACAGUCCAUGAAACGAUUGAACUUCCUGCCGAACAAACUUUUGACACACACACAGAAGAGAUGACUUUGGAUAUUAAACGCAAACCAGAACCAGUAGAGAUGAAGAUCGAAGUUCCUACUUCCGAAGUAACAUCAGAAACUGUUACAAUAACAUCAGUUCAAGAAACACUUGAAAUCCCUACUGAAGAAAUGUCAGAAAAGGAAUCACACAAGGAAGAAAUUCUACUAGAUAUAAAAGGUAAACCACAACAGAUGCCUGAAUUGAAACUUAAGGUUUCUAUUGAAUCUGAUGGCGUGGAAAAAAGCCCAAAAGAAGAGAAAGAAAGCCCCAAGGAGAGAAGCCCAAAACAAGAAAGUCCUCUUCAAGCUCCAACAACUGAGGAAAUAUUCCAAACAUUUGAAUCUGUGGAAGAAGGAGCCCCAGAGUUUACAUGGGGCUUGACAUCUCUGAAAGUAAUGGAUGGAGAGGAAGCAAGGUUUAUGUGCGAGGUGAAAGCUGACAUUACUCCAGAGAUUGCAUGGUUCCAUGAUGGGAAGCCGAUAUCUGAGAAUCAAGACUUCCAAAUCUCCUUUGCACCAGAGACAGGUAAAUGCACCCUUCUGAUUGUGGAGGUAUUCCCCCAAGAUGCUGGUGAAUAUUGCUGUGUUGCCAUCAAUAAAUUAGGAAAGUGCAUCUCAAGAGCCACACUUGAAGUUGAAUCUUAUGAAUAUGUGGCCGAUACUGAGGAAGCCUCUGAUUCAGUCCACUCAUCAAUGGAUACAAUGUCACCGCGAAGAAUGCCUGACUCGGACACUGAAAUGUCUGAGGCUAGGCGUCAUUUGCUGGACGAAAUGCAAGAUAUGCAGGAUCGCAUACAUGCUGUUUUUUCUGGUGUUCGAGAUGAAAUCGAAGCUGACUUAAAAGAAUCUGAACAAAGAAGGGAAGAAAUUAUGAGCACAAGCCUUCAUGAAGACCAUCUGGUGGAAGACAUUUCAGAUCUUUCUGAAGAACAGCCAGAGGAAGCUCAUUUAGAUGAAGGAGAUCUUAUUGAAGAGACAACCGUACAGCUUUAUCCUGAGUCAAAGACCGACGAAACAGUUCAAGCAACCCAAGAAGAAAGUUUCUCUGAACUAAAACCUGUGCAAGAGGAUAGUGUACAACCUUUGUCGGAAGUAUAUGAAGUCCAGAUUCCAGUUAAAGCACCUCAACCUGAAACAAACAUCGAUUUAAUGUCAGAAGAAAAAACCAUUGAUGACCAACCUGAUGAAAUUGAAAUUGUUGAAACAACAAAAGAAACAAUCACUGAAACAGAAAUUGUUUUGGACGUGGAAAGGCCACUUGAGAAGCAGCCAGAGUCCUAUAAAGUUGAAAUAGUAUCAGAAGCAAGGGACUCACCUGACGUUAUAAACAUUUCUGAAACAACAACAGAAAAGACAACUGUGACAGAGGUUAUAUCUGAUGCACCAGUGCAAGCUGUCAAACAACCAGUAGAGUUUGAAGUUGAAAUUUUAUCAGAAACUCCUGACCAAAGUGAAGCUAUACACGUAUUGGAAGUUUCCACAGAAACAGUUGAAACAACUGAGGUUGCUACAGAUGUUGAAGAGUCAGAUAAAAAGGAACCUGAAGAAUUUAAAGUUGAUUCUGUUAAAGAAUACCAUGACAUUUCUGAAGUAAUGGAGAUAUUAGAGACACCAUCUGAAAAAACAGAAUCAAAAGAAAUUGUUGUUGUUAUUGAAAAGCCAGUUGAAAAACUUGAAAAAGAGUUUAAGGUUGACAUAUUGACUGACCAUGAAGAAAAACCUGAACUUACAGAUGUUUCUGAGACCCCAUCUGAGCAAACAACAAUUACUGAAAUUUCGCAGGACUAUACAUUGCCAGAGAAAGCUCUUCAGGAAUCAAAUGUGAAAUCUCAAUCUGAAGAUAUUAAGAAACCUGAUGUCACUGAUAUAUCUGAGACACUAUUGGAGGAAACCAGUGUUUCUGAUGUUGGUUGUGAAGCCCAAACACCACAAAAGGCAGAAAAAGAAGAAUUUAACGUAAUCCUCCUGUCUGAUGACAACCAGGAAAAACCUGAGGUAUCAGAUGUUUCAGAACUACCAACUGAGAAUGUUUCACCGACAGAAAUAAGUACAGAGGUUGCUGAAUCACAAUUGGUAUUGAGGGUGGAAAUGAAAACUGAUGCUGUUACAGACGAUAUUGAAAAGCCAGAAGUAAGUGAAGUUUCUCCUGUAAACUCUGAAAUUGCAGAAACGAGAGCUAUUGAGGAGAUUUCAGCAGCACAGCCUAAUAAAGUGCCAACAUUGUCUAAAACCAAUAUAGUUGAAGACAUACCAGAAACAAUUGAUGUGUCUGAAGUGGCUGUAGAAUCUCCACAGGAGGUACAUAUCUCUGAAUUGCAACCGGUAAGUUCUACUGUGUAUGAAUCUUUGCCAGUAAACUAUAAAACAGAUGUUGUCGAAGAGAAAAGAAGUAGUCUGGAAGUAACAGAAGUCAAACCAAGUUCUCCAGAAGAGGCCCAGACUACUUAUAUUCAAAAAGAAGACGUUUUGGUACAUGAAAUAAAACCGGAAGAAUACAAAACUGGUGUUGUUGAAGAUGAUGUUUCAUUAUCAGGCAUCACGGAUGUUCCUGAAGAUAAACCAGAACAAGGAAGUGUGUCAGAUGUUCUAACAGAAACAGUAAUUGCAAAACCUGAAAUUGUUGAAGAACUUGAGGUUGAAGAUAGAGAAAUUGUUAAGGAAUCAUUUAAAGAAGAGAUUUCUGUUGAGAAGGCACCUAAACCCAAAGAUGAAACAUUUAAGUCUGCAAUUGAAGUGACUAAGGAGCCAGAUCAUGACUUUAUCACGGUGACGUUUGGUAUGCAUGCGGGAGAAGAUGAAGAGGAAGUAGAGCACGAAAUCCUUGAAGAAACUGGAGAAAUCUCCAUACCAGUAACUGAACUGGAAAGACCAGUCUUCAUUCUCCCUCUUAAGGAUGAGACAUUGGUCGAAGGCCAAGAUCUUCGGAUGGAAGCCCACGUUCGUGCAAACCCUGCACCAACAGUGCAGUGGUUUGUAGAUGAUGAAGAACUUACUCCUUCUGAUGAUAUACAGAUUAUCUACGAGGAAGGUCGAUGUCUUCUUUGCAUACGGGAGGUUUUCAUUGACGAUGAAGGAGAAUAUUGGGUAGAAGCAACCAAUGAAUAUGGAACAGCCACAACAUCAUCUUACGUGACCAUUCUUCCUGGUGAUGUUGUAUCAUCAGAGGAUCAAGAGGAAGAAGAAGCUCCAGAAGUUGAAACUGAAGCUCCAGCUAAUACAAUAGAAGUUGAGUAUAUUGAGACCAUCAGUAAGCAACCAUUAGUUGAGACAGAAGCACCAACAGAAGAGACACAAGUUGAGUACAGAGAAACUGUGGAAAAAACGCUGGAUUUUGAAACAGAGGAACCAACAUAUGAAUCAACUACUGAAACAAAGGAAGAAAUCAAAAUACUUCCACCUGUUGAAACAACUGCUCCAGUUGAAACAACUGGGAUCAUUGAGAGAGAGUUAAUCGUAGUGCAGAAGAAACCGAACGAGGUCACCACAAUUCAUAUCGAGACUAAACAAGAUGUAGAAGUCACCCCUACUGAGCAUAUAGCAGAAGAGAUGCAGAUUGAAAUAAAGCCAAAGAAAGAUGCCUUUGAAGAAAUAAAAAUUGAACUGACAUCAAAGCCUAUUGAACAUGACAUUGUUUUAAGUACAUCUGAGAUGGACAUUAAAACUGUUGAAACAGUUUCUAAUGUUGAAACACCUGCUCCUGUUGCAGAAAUUGAGAUUAUCAAGAGAGAAUCAAUUGAAGUGCAUAAGAAACCGAAAGAUGUAACUGAAAUUCAAAUCAAUACCAAACAAAAUGUGGAAGUCACCACUACUGAGCAGGUUACAGAAGAAAUUAUGAGUGAAAUAAAGCCAAAGAAAGAUGUAUUUGAAGAAAUACAAUUUGAACUUGCAUCAAAGCCUAUUGAACAUGAAUUUGUUGCAAGUACAUCUGAAGAAAAUAUUGAAACUCUGAAAACAGUUUGCGACGUUGAAACACCAGCUCCAUAUGAAGAAAUUGAGAUUAUAGAUAGAGAAUCAAUUGAAGUGCAUAAGGAACCGAAGAUGGUCACAGAAAUUCAUGUUAAGACUGCUCAAGAUGUGGAUGUCAUCCCUACUGAGCAUAUCACAGAAGAGAUGAAGAUUGAAAUAAAGCCAAAGAAAGAUGUAUUUGAAGAAAUACAAUUUGAACUGACAUCAAAGCCUAUUGAACAUGAAUUUGUUGUAAAUACAUCUCAAGAAAACAUUGAAACUCUGGAAACAGUUUGCCAUGGUGAAACACCAGCUCCAGUUGAAGAAAUUGAGAUUAUAGAGAGAGAAUCAAUUGACGUGCAUAAAGAACUGAAGGUGGUCACAGAAAUUCAUGUCAAAACUGCUCAAGAUGUGGAAGUCACCCCUACUGAGCACAUCACAGAAGAAAUGAAGAUUGAAAUAAAGCCAAAGAAAGAUGUAUUUGAAGAAAUACAAUUUGAACUGGCAUCAAAGCCUAUUGAACAUGCAUCUGUUGUAAGUACAUCUCAAGAAAACAUUGAAACAGUGGAAACCGUUUGCGAUGUUGAAACAUCAGCUCCAGUUGAAGAAAUUGAGAUUAUAGAGAGAGAAUCAAUUGAAGUGCAUAAGGAACCGAAGAUGGUCACAGAAAUUCAUGUUAAGACUGCUCAAGAUGUGGAUGUCAUCCCUACUGAGCAUAUCACAGAAGAGAUGAAGAUUGAAAUAAAGCCAAAGAAAGAUUUAUUUGAAGAAAUACAAUUUGAACUGACAUCAAAGCCUAUUGAACAUGAAUUUGUUGUAAAUACAUCUCAAGAAAACAUUGAAACUCUGGAAACAGUUUGCCAUGUUGAAACAACAGCUCCAGUUGAAGAAAUUGAGAUUAUAGAGAGAGAAUCAAUUGACGUGCAUAAAGAACCGAAGGUGGUCACAGAAAUUCAUAUCAACACUGAAGAUGUGGAAGUCACCCCUACUGAGCAGUUGACAGAAGAGGUUAUGAUUGAAAUAAAGCCAAAGAAAGACGAAUUUGAAGAAAUAGAAAUUAAACUGAAAACAAAUCUUAAUGGACAUGAUCUUGUUGUAAGUACAUCUCAAAUCAACAUUGAAACUAUCAAAACUCUUCCUGAUAUCGAAACAUCAGCUCCAGUUGAGGACAUUGAGAUGAUCGAAAGAGAAUCCAUUGAAGAGCAUAAGAAACCGAAGGAGGUCACGGAAAUUCAUAUCAAUACUGAACAAGAUGUGGAUGUCAUCUCUACUGAGGUGAUGAAAGAAGAGGUGAAGAUUGAAAUUAAGCCAAAGAAAGAUGUAUUUGAUGAAAUACAAAUGGAACUGACAUCAAAACCUAUUGAACAUGAAAUUGUUGUAAGUUCAUCUGAAAAAGACAUUGAAACUGUGGAAACAGUUUCUAAUGUUGAAAUGCCAGCUCCACUUGAUGAAAUUGAAAUAAUCGAAAGAGAAUCAAUUGAAGUGCACAAGAAGCCGAAGGAGAUCACGGAAAUUCAUAUCGAGACUAAACAAGAUAUUGAUGUCAUCCCUACUGAGCAGAUGACAGAAGAGAUAAAGAUUGAAAUAAAGCCAAAGGACGAUGAAUUUGAAGAAAUUCAAAUUGAACUAACAGCAAAGCCUGUUGAACACGAUAUUAGUGUAAGUUCAUCUGAAAUCGAAAUUGAAACUGCCGAAACAGUUUUUAAUGUUGAAAUGCCAGCUCCACUUGAUGAAAUUGAAAUAAUCCAAAGAGAAACAAUUGAAGUUCAUAGGAAGCCGAAUGAAAUCAUGGAUAUUCAUAUCAAAACUGAACAAGAUGUGGAUGUAAUCCCUACUGAGCUGAUGACAGAAGAUUUAAUGAUUGAAAUAAAACCAAAGAAAGAUGCUUUUGAAGAAAUACAAAUUGAACUGACAUCGAAGCCUAUUGAACAUGACAUUGUUGUAAGUUCAUCUGAAAUCGACAUCGAAACUGUCAAAACAGUUCCUAAUGUUGAACUGCAAGCUCCGCUUGAAGAAGUUCAGAUUAUCGAUAGAGACUCAAUUGAAGUGCAUAAGAAAACAAAGGAGUUAACUGAAAUUCAUGUACAUACUAAACAAGAUGUGGAAGUGAUCCCUAUUGAGCAGAUGACAGAAGAGAUGAAGAUUGAAAUAAAGCCAAAGAAAGAUCUAUUUGAAGAAAUACAAAUUGAAUUUACACCAAAGUCUAUUAAACAUGAAAUUGUUAUAAGCGAUUCUGACAUUAAAACUGAUGUUAUUCCAGAUGUUCUAAAGACAGAACAAUCUUUCAAAAUAGAUGAAAAACAUCCCGUUAAGUCUACAGCACUCAUUGAAAUUCACAGUAAACCAGAAGAUUCAGAAUUACUUAAAGAUGUUUCUUUUGCAGAAACUGUUGAAAUUAAAGCAAAACCAAAAGACAGUCUGGUGGAAAUUGACAUAAGUUUACCGGAUUCUUUUAAAGAAACAAUUUGCAUCGAACAGGAUGAAGUUAAAAGUAUUGGGACCUUAGAUCAGCGUGUUUUUACAGAGUUGAUAGAAUUAAAGGAGGAGCAACCAAGCACCUUUGAGGAAACCAUUGAAAUUCAGCAUGAUGAAGUUGAUAAUAUAGUAUCCGAUCAUCAUGUUGUUUCUGAGUUUAUAGAGGUGGAAAGGCAACCAUUCAAAGAGAUGACAGAAGACAUAUCAUCAUUCAAAGAAGAAAUUACAAUCGAUAAGAAACCUGUAUUGCAAGAAAUUGUGUUAGAUGUAACAACUCUGAAACAAAUUGAUGCUCCUGUUGCUGAAAUCAUUGCAGCUGAAAGAGAGGUUUUUGAUGGGCCUGAAGACAUGAUUGAAUCAGAAAUUGAGGCACCCAGUCAAGAUAUUGUUAUUUCAGAAAGAGCGCAACUGGUUAUUUAUGAAGUUCCGGAUGAAUCUGAAUUCAUUUCUGAGACACACCUGGAAAAACAAGAACUGAUACAUAAAAUUGAGGUAGAUGUUGAUGUUAAUAGUGAAGCUACACAGAAAAAAGAAUUUUCAAAAACAGAAGUAAUUACUGAACUGGGUGAAGAUACCAUAGAUCAGAAAAUUUGUGAAGCUGACAUUGUCAGACCCGAUGAGGAGACAAUGGUAAUCCAUACUGAAACCAUACAUGUUGAGUCUAAAAAACCAACCACAGUGCCUGAAUUAGAAAUAGUUGAAAAACCCAUUGAAGAUAAUAUUGAAUCAAUUGAAAUGGAGACUGAAGUGCCAAGAGAUGAAUUAGUUGAAAUUAGCCGAGAAACAUUCAUACUCGAUAGGCAACAAGAAUCACAUGUUCAGGAAGACAAGCCGUAUGUUUACCAAGCUGAAACGGAAGAAAUCUUAGAAGACCAAGCUAUCGAGAGACCAAAAGAAGAAACCAUUGAUUAUAUGAAAGAGACAAUAGUAGUGCAUACAAAGGAUUCUUCCAAUGUUUUCCCAGUUGAGACAACAGACGAAAUAGCUGAAGCAAGUACAGUUGAGGAUGAGAUUGACAUGCAAGUUUCUAAGGAAUAUGAAGAGACUGCAUCAGUGGAAGAAAUCAAAUUGGACAUUCAACUUCCCCAGGCUGCUUUGGAAGUAAUGGCAGUUCAGCCUGAAGAUGUAAAACAUUUUGAACAGGAAGUUGAAGUUCCAAGUCUUGAAACUAUUCAAUACUCAAGGGAAACUAUUGUUGUUGAAUCUACAAAACCAGCAAACAUUGAUACCAUUGAAGAGGUAAUUCUGUCAUCAGAGGUCUCACCAUCAAGCAAAGAACUCACAGAAGCUCCAAUCGUUGAUGAAUUCAUUGAAACAAAACAAACAAUUAUUAUCCAAACAAGACCAGAAACAUCAGAAACGGCUGAAGAAGAGGUUGAUGUAAAGGCACAGGAAACAAAUGAGAUAAUUAAGGAAGUAGAAAAUCCUACGGAAGAAACUGUAGAAGUUAUAAGAGAAACAUUUGUACAUAAGGAUAGUUUUCCAAGCCAAGUAUCUUCUGUGGAGUUAGAAAUUGAAAAGCCUGAUGUGAUUGAUCUACCUGAAGAGGAAGUGUGCAUGUCAGUUCUUGAAAUUGUUACUCAAGUGAGUGAAACAGGAAAUCUAUCUCCAGAACAACCUACCGAAGCUACACCUGUGUCAAGUGAAAUUGAUGCUGAUGUCACUGACAUUAAACAGGUGGUAUCUGAAAGUGUUCACGUGGAGGCACAUCCUGAAGAGGAAAAAGUUACUUCAGUCAUUCAAAUACCUACUAAGGUAUCUGAGGAAGAACAUACUUUAGAAGAAAUAGAAUUGAAGAAUGUUCCGUCUGAAGACAUCAUGCCUGAAGAAGCUGGAGAAACAGAAACUACCCCUGAAUUUUUGGAAAGCGUGAUCGAUUUUGAAACUCCAACUGAGACAUCUUUAUCAGAUGAAUUGAAACAACCUGAUGAUGUUGUUGCUAUUUCUCCAGACACUAUAGACAAAUAUGCAGAGACUGUUUCGAGGUCAAUUAUUGAAUCUGUAGAUGUUCGCAAACAGCAUUUGUCAGACGUCACAACAGAAGAACUUCAGUCAGAAGAAAGCAUUUCCUCUGUUAAAAUUCCUGAUGAAGAAACUAAAACAAUAACAAAGGUUGAGUUCAUGCCAAGGGAGCAUGCACAAAAAUCUGUUCAGAAAACAACAGAAGCUAGUGUUAUGCAAGUUGAUUCAGUGUCUGAAAAAUCGGAAUUAAUAUCUGAUGAAGUUAUACAACAAUAUGCUGAGGAAAUUACUAGAGACAUUCUUGAAAAAGCUGCAAGAGGAGAACUAAUUCAAUUGGAGACACAUGAAAUAACUGACAAUCAAUUUGGAGAAUUGCUAUCAGUUGAGAAAGUUUUGCCUAAAGUUCCAGAAUCUGAAAUAAAGGAUUCCCCAAUAGAGACUGUGGUUGUAAAAGAAACAGAAUUAAUUGAGAUAAAACCAAAACCAGAACUAAAAAUUGUUGAAACUUUCCCGAUAGAUAUAACAGCAACAGGAAAUGUUACUUCUUCAUUGGAAAUUUCACCCAACAAUAAAACAGAACUUGUUUCUGUGGAAAUAGAUGUUGGUGAUAAAGAUGCUAGUCGUUCUACCACCACUGUCUUAAAAAGAACUGAAGUGCCAAAACCUGAAAGCAUUGUUGAAACAGAAUCGGUUCAUAUUGAUAUUCCACUAAGUGGAACCUCUGAAGAAUCUAAGCCCAAAGAGAUAAUUAUCACUUUUAGAGAUCAAACAAAUAUUGAAGAAACAACAGACAAAGAAACAACAACAUACACCAGACUUGAACCGCUUGAAAUACUAACUUCACAAAGUUUAUUAGAAACUGAAAAGGUUCAUAUUGAUGUAUCACUUGCAAAACCUGACGACACGCAGCCUGAAGAAAUCACUCUAUCUGUUGAAGAUACAACAGUUGUUGAAGAGGCAAGUGACCACUUGACUACAACUACAGUGUUUGCAAGACGUGCAUCACUGGAAGUGCCAACUUUUGAAGGUUUUGUGGAAACAGAAAAGGUUCACAUUGAUAUUCCAGUCAAAGAAACUCCUGAAGAAGCUCAACCUGAAGAAAUAACAUUAACUGUUCAGGAUAAAACAGUUGUUGAAGAAACAAGCGACCACUUAACUACUACUACAGUGUUUGCAAGACGUGCAUCACUGGAAGUGCCAACAUUUGAAAGUUUUGUGGAAACAGAAAAGGUUCUUCUUGAUUUUCCAGUCAAAGAAACACCUGAAGAAACUCAACCCAAAGAGAUAACUAUAACUGUUAGAGAUCAAAUACAGAUAGAAGAAACAACAGACAAAGAAACAACAACAUACACCAGACAAGAAUCACUUGAAAUACCAACUGCAGUGAGUUUAGUAGAAACUGAAAAGGUUCAUAUUGAUGUUUCACUUGCAAAACCUGAAGACACACAGCCUGAAGAAAUCACCUUAACUGUUGAAGAUAAAACAGUUCUUGAAGAGACCAGUGACCACUCGACUACAACUACUGUGUUUGCAAGACGUGCAUCACUGGAAGUGCCAACUUUUGAAAGUUUUGUGGAAACAGAAAAGGUUCACAUUGAUAUUCCAGUCACAGAAACUCCUGAAGAAGCUCAACCUGAAGAAAUAACCUUAACUGUUCAGGAUAAAACAGUUGUUGAAGAAACAAGCGACCACUUAACUACUACUACUACAGUGUUUGCAAGACGUGCAUCACUGGAAGUGCCAACUUUUGAAAGUUUUGUAGAAACAGAAAAGGUUCACAUCGAUAUUCCAGUCAAAGAAACACCUGAAGAAUUUCAACCUGAAGAAAUAACAUUAACUGUUCAGGAUAAAACAGUUGUUGAAGAAACAAGCGACCUCAUAACUACUACUACAGUGCUUACAAGGCGUGCAUCACUGGAAGUGCCAACCUUUGAAAGUUUUGUGGAAACAGAAAACGUUGACAUCGAUAUUCCAGUCAAAGAAACACCUGAAGAAACUCAACCUGAAGAAAUAAAAUUAACUGUUCAGGAUAAAACAGUUGUUGAAGAAACAAGCGACCACUUAACUAGUACUAAAGUGCUUACAAGGCGUGCAUCACUGGAAGUGCCAACAUUUGAAAGUCCUGUGGAAACAGAAAAGGUUCACAUUGAUAUUCCAGUCAAAGAAACACAUGAAGAAACUCAACCUGAAGAAAUAACAUUAACUGUUCAGGAUAAAACAGUUGUUGAAAAAACAAGCGACCACUUAACUACUACUACAGUGCUUACAAGGCGUGCAUCACUGGAAGUGCCAACAUUUGAAAGUUUUGUUGAGACAGAAAAGGUUCAUAUUGAUAUUCCUGUUGAGGAUACACCUGAUGAAACUGUGCCUAAAGAAAUUACUAUUACUGUCAAAGAUAAAACAACUGUAGAAGAGACAACCACUUCUGUUGUUGAAGUACUUGAAUAUGCUCCAAAGUUCACACAAAAUUUGACAGAUCUUACAGUCAAGGAAGGUGACAAGGUUGAACUUACUGUUGAAUUUAAAGGUGAACCUACUCCUGAGGUGACUUGGUAUAUCGAUAAUCAACCUGUGAAUGAAAAGAAGGACUUAGUUGUUGUUAUUGAAAAAGAAUUCAGCAAGAUUGUCAUUCCAGAAACUUUCCUCAACCAUGAAGGAGAAUACAAGGUGGUUGUCACCAACACAAUUUCCUCAGUCACCUCUAUUUGCUACCUUACUGUUGUUUCAACUGGGGAGACCACUGAUGAUGAUCAAAGCGUUAAGGAAACAACAACAACCACAACUACUGAGACUGUGGAACUUACACACGAGGAGAAGCCUCAAGAGUUGCCAGUAACUGAAGUCUCAGGAGAGACAAUAAUCCCUCGGAAGCCGGAAGAAGCUAAAGAGAGCAAACAAGAUUUCGCGGCUCCCCGUUUCACAACGACCCUCCAGCACCAUGUGGAUGUUAUGGAAGGAACAACACUGCGUGUCACCUGCCAGGUGAUGGGCCUGCCAAGACCUGACGUCAUGUGGUAUAUGGAUGACCAACCUCUACCUGAAGAUGAGCGGUUCAUCACUGAGUAUCACAAGGACACAGUGACCUUGACCAUACACAACGUAACCAUUGACGACGAAGGUUAUUACAAGGUCGAGGCCCGCAACGAACACGGAAGUGCCACAAGUGUUGUUGAAGUUUUCGUUCAAAUCCCGCGCCUAUCAGAAGAGCGUGGACCAGAUGUUACUAUGGAAACUGUUGAAAUUGUUCCCAUGGAAACACAACCAGUAUCGCAGAAACCAUCCACGGAGUUAAUAACACCAUUAGCCCCAGCCGUGGAAGAAGAAACCACAGUGCACGAAACACCUGAACAGACUCUCACUCUGGAGGGUCAGGACAUUUCACCUGAGAAGGUGACCCCAGAACAGUCUGAGGUCAUCGCUAUAGAAACGAUCAGGGAGGACGUUGAAAAGGUGGAGAUGGAGGAUGUAGAUUUCGAGAUUGUUAUGCCAGAGAAGUCGGAAGCUGCUUCAGUUGAAGUCGCUGUUGAUGAGUCACCUCUUCCAGAAUCGGACAAGGUUGCUCCGACGGCAACAGCUACUGAAGUCUCCAUGGCAACUACCCUGGAGAUGGAAGAGGUCAUACCCAAGAUCGUGACCCCUGAUGAGGUCACGGGGGUAGAGACCGAUAGCAAGCUGUUUAGGCCCAAUGAGCAACUUCUAGAGCAGAGACAGGCUCCAGAAGAGGAGCAAGUAGCCAAGGAGGCUGUGUCCAAGGAAACAGCUCCUGAGAAAGGCCAGGAAGAGGUCGUUCCUACCAAACCUACAGGUGAAGCCCCCAUAUUUGUUACUGAACUCCAAACUAUCACUGCCCCAGAAGGCACCCCUGUGCAAUUCGUUUGCACAGUUUCUGGAACCCCCCGCCCCGUCGUACGAUGGAUUCUCGAUGGGGAAUACAUACCCGAAGACUCCCAAUCCUACACUACUGAAUACCAUAGCAAUGGAACAUGUGUACUUUCGAUAAAGGAAACUUUCCAAGAAGAUGAGGGAGAAUACACGAUAGAGGCAACCAAUUAUUUCGGAGCUGUACGUUCCACAGCAGAGCUUAUUCUUGAAGUCGAUGACAUAACUGUCACUGACAAGACACCAGCAGAGGAAAGGCCAACGCUUUAUCCUGAUGAAAAGGCUGAACCAAUUGAUGAAAUUCCUGUGGCUUCUGCUAAGCAUUUAACUUUACCUCUUGAUGAUAUUGAAGAAGUCAGUAUAGCUAGUGUCAGUCCUUCUCGUGAGUCUGUUGAUUUUGAAACUGUAGACUAUUCAUCAGUUGGAAUAGAAGAACUGCCUGCUGAAGAUGAAGAAGUUGAGAAGAAAGAAGACAAAUUAGAACAACACAUACCUGAGAUACUGGAGGUUGAAGAUAUAUUUGAAAAAGAAGAAGACAUUGAAAAGAGUUAUGAAAGUGAAACAAUUCUCAUUGAGGAAAUUAUUGAGAAACCUGCAGAGAAAGAAACUGAAUUUGUACAGAAAGAAGAAAAGAUUACAGUGGCUAUGGAGGAGCUUGUUUUACCUGAGGACAUUGGUGAAAUAAUAGUUGAUGAAAUUAAACAAGUCAGAAUUAAAGCAUCGCCUGAAAUUGAAUGUAUUGAUAUCCAUGAAAAACCCUAUGAAAGCGCAGAGGCAAAAGACAGAAUUAUUCCCAUCAUGGUAAGGGUUUGUAGUGAAGAUCAAGAAUACUUCAUUGAAUAUCCAUCGGACAUUCCAGUGACUGAAAAAGAAGAUGUAAGUAUAAAGGAAAGUGAAACUAUCAUUAUACCUGAAGAGGAAGAAACAUACAUUUCGGAUGUUUCAAUAAAGAAAACUUCCACAACUAUUGAGCUUCAGGUUUCUAAUCUUAAAAUUGAUAACAAAGAAAAACUGCCAGCUGUGGAAAUAAAUUUGUUUGUACCUGAUUCAAAGAAGACAACACUAUUAACUACUGAAUAUACAGAAACGGUGUCUGUUUCAACAACAGAGGAGGUUACUGAAGAGGGGCAAGUUGAUGUUCCUGAAAGAGAAUUUAGAUCUGAAAAGGUAAUGGAUGUAGCGAAAGUCAUUGAUGACAGUGUCCCAUCAACCAAAGCAAUUUUGAUUGAUGUUGAAAUUGAUAAUUCAAAGCGCCAAGAUAUUCUUCAAAAGGAAGAGGUGACAAUAACUGACAUAUCCUCAACAACUGUCUAUGAGGACUUAUCUGAUGAAGAUAUUAUUAUUAAUCAACUCGAACAAUUAAAAAUAAAAGAACUAGAGGCCCUGAGAAUUGAAGAGGAUGUGACAAAGAUUCCUGAAGAUGAGCAAAAAGUGGAUUUGGUUAAGCAUGAGACCAUUCAAAUUGAAAACAAGACACAAUCUGAGAAGGUUGAAAAAGACAUAAUGCCAGAAGUAGAAACAGAAACAACAUUUUCUGAAACCAUUGAAAUUGAAGACAAGAAACCAUCUGAUAAGGUUGACAUAGACCUUAUGCCUGAAGUAAAAACAGAAACAGCAUUCACUGAAGCCAUUAAAAUUGAAGACAAGAAACCAUAUGAGAAGGUUGACAUAGACAUAAUGCCUGAAGUACAAAGAGAAACAACAUUUACUGAAAACAUUCAAAUUGAAGACAAGAAACCAUCUGAGAAGGUCGAAAUAUACAUAAAGCCUGAAGAAGAAACAGAAACAACAUUUACUAAAACCAUUGAAAUUGAAGACAAGAAACCAUCUGUGAAGGUUGACAUAGACAUUAUGCCUGAAGUAGUAACAGAAACAACAUUUACUGAAACCAUUCAAAUUGAAGACAAGAAACCAUCUGAGAAGGUCGACAUAGACAUAAUGCCAGAAGUAGGAACAGAAACAGCAUUUACUGAAACCAUUCAAAUUGAAGACAAGAAACCAUAUGAGAAAGUUGACAUAGACAUAAUGCCUGAAGAAGAAACAGAAACAACAUAUACUGAAACAGUUAAAAUUGAUAGCAAGAAACCACAUGAUAAGGUUGACAUAGACAUAAUGCCUGAAGUAGAAACAGAAACAACAUUUACUAAAAUCAUUGAAAUCGAAGACAAGAAACCAUCUGAGAAGGUUGACAUGGACAUAUUGCCUGAAGUAAAAACAGAAACAAUAUUUACUGAAACCGUUCAAAUUGAAACCAAGAAACCAUCUGAGAAGGUUGACAAAGACAUAAUGCCUGAAGAAGAAACAGAAACAACAUUUACUGAAACCAUUCAAAUUGAAGACAAGAAACCAUCUGAGAAGGUUGACAUAGACAUAAUGCCAGACGUAGAAACAGAAACAACAUUUUCUGAAACCAUUGAAAUUGAAGACAAGAAACCAUCUGAGAAGGUUGACACAGACCUUUUGCCUGAAAUUAAAACAGAAACAACAUUCACUGAAGCCAUUCAAACUAAAGACAAGAAACCAUAUGAGAAUGUUGACAUAGACAUAAUGCCUGAAGUAGAAAGAGAAACAACAUUUACUGAAACCAUUGAAAUUGAAGACAAGAAACCAUCUGAGAAGGUUGACAUAGACAUAAUGCCUGAAGUAGAAACAGAAACAAUAUUUACUGAAACCAUUGAAAUUGAAGACAAGAAACCAUCUGAGAGGGUUGACAUAGACAUAAUGCCAGAAGUAGAAACAGAAACACCAUUUACUGAAACCAUUCAAAUUGAAGACAAGAAACCAUCUGAGAAGGUCGACAUAGACAUAAUGCCAGAAGUAGGAACAGAAACAACAUUUACUGAAACCAUUCAAAUUGAAGACAAGAAACCAUAUGAGAAAGUUGACAUAGACAUAAUGCCUGAAGUAGAAACAGAAACAACAUAUACUGAAACAGUUAAAAUUGAUAGCAAGAAACCACAUGAUAAGGUUGACAUAGACAUAAUGCCUGAAGUAGAAACAGAAACAACAUUUACUAAAAUCAUUGAAAUCGAAGACAAGAAACCAUCUGAGAAGGUUGACAUGGACAUAUUGCCUGAAGUAAAAACAGAAACAAUAUUUACUGAAACCGUUCAAAUUGAAACCAAGAAACCAUCUGAGAAGGUUGACAAAGACAUAAUGCCUGAAGAAGAAACAGAAACAACAUUUACUGAAACCAUUCAAAUUGAAGACAAGAAACCAUCUGAGAAGGUUGACAUAGACAUAAUGCCAGACGUAGAAACAGAAACAACAUUUUCUGAAACCAUUGAAAUUGAAGACAAGAAACCAUCUGAGAAGGUUGACACAGACCUUUUGCCUGAAAUUAAAACAGAAACAACAUUCACUGAAGCCAUUCAAACUAAAGACAAGAAACCAUAUGAGAAUGUUGACAUAGACAUAAUGCCUGAAGUAGAAAGAGAAACAACAUUUACUGAAACCAUUGAAAUUGAAGACAAGAAACCAUCUGAGAAGGUUGACAUAGACAUAAUGCCUGAAGUAGAAACAGAAACAAUAUUUACUGAAACCAUUGAAAUUGAAGACAAGAAACCAUCUGAGAGGGUUGACAUAGACAUAAUGCCAGAAGUAGAAACAGAAACACCAUUUACUGGAACCAUUCAAAUUGAAGACAAUAAACCAUCUCAGAAGGUUGACAUAGACAUAAGGCCUGAAGUAGAAACAGAAACAACAUUUACUGAAACCAUUGAAAUUGAAGACAAGAAACGAUCUGAGAGGGUUGACAUAGACAUAAUGCCUGAAGUAGAAACAGAAACAACAUUUACUGAAACCAUUCAAAUUGAAGACAAGAAACCAUCUGAAAAGGUUAACAUAGACAUAAUGCCUGAAGUAAAAACAGAAACAACAUUUACUAAAACCAUUCAAAUUGAAGACAAGAAACCAUCUGAGAAGGUUGACAUAGACAUAAUUCCGGAAGUAGAAACAGAAACAACAUUUACUGAAACCAUUCAAAUUGAAGACAAGAAACCAUCUGAGAAGGUUGACAUAGACAUAAUGCCUGAAGUAGAAACAGAAACAACAUUCACUGAAACCAUUCAAAUUGAAGACAAGAAACCAUCUAAGAAGGUUGACAUAGACAUAACGCCUGAAGUAGAAACAGAAACAACAUUCACUGAAACCAUUCAAAUUGAAGACAAGAAACCAUCUGAGAAGGUUGACAUAGACAUAAUGCCUGAAGUAGUAAAAGAAACAACAUUUACUGAAGCCAUUAAAAUUGAAGAUAAGAAACCAUCUGAGAAGGUUGACAUAGACAUAAUGCCUGAAGUAGAAACAGAAACAACAUUCACUGAAACAAUUCAAAUUGAAGACAAGAAACCAUCUGAGAAGGUUGACAUAGACAUAAUGCCUGAAGUAGUAACAGAAACAACAUAUACUGAAACCGUUCAAAUUGAAAACAAGAAACCAUAUGAGAAGGUUGACAUAGACAUAAUGUCUGAAGUAGAAACAGAAGCAACAUUUACUGAAACCAUUCAAAUUGAAGAAAAUAAACCUUCUGAAAAAGUUGACAUAGACAUAAUGCCUGAAGUAAAAACAGAAACUAUAUUUACUGAAACCGUUCAAAUUGAAAACAAGAGACCAUAUGAGAAGGUUGACAUAGAAAUAAUGCCUGAAGUAGAAACAGAAACAACAUUUACUGAAACUAUUCAAAAUGAAUACAAGAAACCAUCUGAGAAGGUUGACAUAGAUAUAAUGCCCAAAGUAGAAACAGAAACAUUUACUGAAACCAUUGAAAUUGAAGACAAGAAACCAUCUGAGAAGGUCGACUUAGACAUAAUGCCUGAAAUAGAAACAGACACAACAUUUACCCAAACCAGUCAAAUUGAAGACACAAAAUCAUCUGAGGUCGACAGGGACAUAAUGCCUGAAGUAGAAACAGAAACAACAUUUACUGAAACCAUUCAAAUCGAAGACAAGAAACCAUCUGAGAAGGUUGACAUAGACAUAAUGCCAGAAGUAGAAACAGAAACACCAUUUACUGAAACCAUUGAAAUUGAAGACAAGAAACCAUCUGAGAAGGUUGACAUAGACAUAAUACCUGAAAUAGAAACAGAAACUGUUACGGAAGUUAUUGAAGUACCUCAUCCACAAUUUGUGACAGAAGAAACAGUAGCUGUCAGAAGGGAGUCGGUUAUAAUAGAAGUGGUCGGCAUUGAACAGCCUAAAGAUGGUAAGGAACUGGAAGAAGAUGUGAAGAAAAUGGACUCAACACAGAAAGAACAGCCAGUAUCUGAAACAGAAAUGCCUUUGGAACAAGAUAUUGAACGGGAAGUGAAGGAGAUUGCUGUUAAACAACCUGUAGUUGAAAAGGAAGUUAUAUUUAUAGAAACACCUGAAAGUGAAAAGAAACCAGACAUUUUUGAAGAAAUCAAAAUUGAUAUUCAACCUUCAGAUUCCACAACAGCUUAUGUUGAUACCAUUGACAUUGGAAUCAAGCAGAAACCUGCUGAGAAGGUUGAUAUUGUUAUAAUGCCUGGAGUUGAAACAGAAACAUCAUUUUCUGAAACAGUUGAUAUUAAACAGGAAAAAACGAAAACACAGGAGAUUGAAUUUGAAUUUGAUCAACCGAUUCAAAAACCGUUUGAACAACAGACAAAAGUUACAAUUGAAAUAAAACAAGAAUCAGUACCUGUUAUUUCUUCAAUAGUAGAAGAAUUACCAACAACAUUAGAUGAAACUGUUUCUGAAGUUAUUGUAAAAACACAUCCAGAAAUGGUGUCUGAAGAAACAAUGACCAUAAGAAAGGAGUCAAUUGCAAUUGAAGCAUUUGGCAUUGCAAAGCCUAAAGAAAUUGAUGAGGAGCAAGCAGUAGAUCUUGAGAAAAUUGAAAUUGAAUGCGAAGAGAAACCGCCCAUUUCUGAAGAAAUGGUAAUUGGUAUUAAACCUCGAGAUUCAACUAGUGCUUUUGUUGAUGCCAUUGACCUUUCAAUUAAGCAGAAACCAUCAGAGACAAUUGAAAUUGACAUAAUGCCUGAAGUUGAAACAGAAUCAACAAUUACAGAAACCUUUGAAAUAGAAAAAGAAAAACCUAAAACACAUGAAAUUGAAUUUGAAUUCAAAAUUCAACAAGAUUCUGAGGAUGAAAAGAAAACAAAAAGUGCAUUUUAUAUUAAACUUGGAGAGGUGCCAUUAAAUGUUUCAGAAGUGGAAGUUCUUCCAUUGACACAUAAAGACACUGUUACUGAAAUUAUUCAAGAGUCUCAUCCAGAGAGAGUGAAAGAGGAAACUAUUUCUCAUAGAAGAGAAUCAUAUGUGACUGAAAUUGUUGCUAGUGAGUUGCCUACUUGCGAAGAAGAUGUUGAAAUAAAUGAAAAACAAACUAUUUCAGAAAAGGUAGAAAUACCAGACUUAGAGAAAACUGACACUGAGCUUGAUGAAAGUACUAUUGAAGUAAAUAAGCCACAGGAUAUCACAUUGGUCAGUCUUGACAUCACAGUGGCACCAGAUGAUGAGACAGUUCCAGAGGACCAGGUUGUAAGAGCAGAAACUACUGUUACCACGGAAACAGCACCUGAAGAAGAGAUCGCUACAGACGUCAGUCUUGAAAUUGAAGAAAAGCCAAAACAUGAAGAAGAAACAUCAUUUGAGAUUUCCUUUGAAAGAGAAGAAACCAAGCCGGUAGAACGGGAAGAAGUGUCCUUUGAACUGCAGCUUGAGGAAACUGAAGCUGAUACUACCAAAGAAAUCACUACUGUAGAAAUUGGAAUGAAGCCAAUGGAGAGGAUAAUAGAGAUUCUAACUGACAUUCCUCCUGAUAAAAUUUAUGUUGAUCAAAGCGAGCAAACCAAAAUUGAGGCAGAGAUCAGUUUGAGAGCAGACAUUGAUAAACAAUUUAGCAAAAAAACUGUUGAAACAGAACUUUCUAUAAAUGAGUUAAUUACAGACACGUCUGCUGCAAACAUACAAGUUGAGGAAUAUAUCUCACAAAUGAUUAAAGAAAUUAUAUCGGACAUCAACAAGCAAGCCAAUAUGAGACCAGAAGAAGAAGACAGAAACAAAGAAAGCAUAAAACUUGAGAUAAAACCUAACAUUAAGACUAAUGUAUUUAUUGGUAAAGACACUCCUGCUUAUGUGUCUGUUUCUGACAUUAAAGCUGAGGCCCAUUCUAUGCCACAAGUUGAAGAAAAUACUAAAGCGUCAGUAGAAAUGGAGAUUAAACCUAUGGUAGAAGUUCAGGUGUCGGACACCAAAACUCAAGCUGAAAUUAUACCUCAAGUUGAAGAAAUAGGUAAAGAGACUGUAGAAAUUGAUGUGAAACCAACAGUCAAAGAUGAAGUAUCUGUUGCUGAAGAGACCCAAGAUGAAGUGACUGUAUCUGACAUUGCAGCUGUGGCUGAAAUGAUACCACAAAUCAAACAAAUAACAACAGAGUCUGUAGUAAUUGAAGUUCAACCAAAAGUCAAUUCAGAAGUGGCUCUUGCUGAAGAGACAGAAGGUGAAGAUACUGUGUCUGGCAUUUCAGCUGGGACCGUAAUAACGCCACAAGUUGAAGACAUUACUACUGCUUCUGUUGAAACUGAUGUUAAACCAAUGGUAAAAGCAGAAGUGGCUCAGACUGAAGAUACCAUAGAUGAAAUGAAUGUGUCUAAUGUUGAAACUCAAGAUGAAAUUACAUCUCAAUAUGAAGAAAUAAGUAAAGAGACUUUGAAAAUUGGUGUUAAACCAAUAGUUGAAGCUGAAGUAUCUGUUGCUGAAGAGGCCCAAGAUGAAGUGACUGUAUCUGACAUUGCAGCUAAGGCUGAAAUUAUACCACAAAUAAAAGACAUUACAGCAGAGUUCGCCGAAAUCGAAGUUAAACCAGAAGUCGAAUCAAAACUUUCUCCUGCGGAAGAGACAGAAGGUGAAACUACCUUGUCUGACAUUGCAGCUGAGGCCAUAAUAACGCGACAAGUUGAGGACAUUACUACUGAUUCUGUCGAACUUGAUGAUAAGCCAAAGGAAACAGCAGAAGUGGCUGAGACUGAAUAUAAUGAAGAUGAAAUAACUGUGUCUGACAUAGAAACUGAAGCUGAAAUUACACCUCAAGUUAAAGAAAUAGGUAAAGAGCAAGUUGAACUUGAUGUUAAACCAACAGUCGAAGCUGAGGUAUCUGUUGCUGGAGAGACCCAAGAUGAAGUGACUGUAUCUGACAUAGCAGCUGAGGCUGAAAUGAUACCACAAAUCAAACAAAUUACAACAGAGUCUGUAGUAAUUGAAGUUCAACCAAAAGUCAAAUCAGAAGUGGCUCUUGCUGAAGAGACAGAAGGUGAAGUUACUGUGUCUGGCAUUUCAGCUGAGACCGUUAUAACGCCACAAGUUGAAGACAUUAGUACUGCUUCUGUUGAAAUUGAUGUUAAACCAAUGGUAGAUGCAGAAGUGGCUCAGACUGAAUAUACUGUAGAUGAAAUGACUGUGUCUGUUGUUGAAACUCAAGCUGAAAUAACACAUCAAGUUGAAGAAAUAGGUAAAGAGACUUUGGAAAUUGAUGUUAAACCAACAGUCGAAGCUGCAGUAAAUGUUGCUGAAGAGGCCCAAGAUGAUGUGACUGUAUCUGACAUUGCAGCUAUGGCUGAAAUUAUACCACGAAUAAAAGACAUUACAGCAGAGUCUGUCGAAAUCGAAGUUAAACCAGAAGUCGAAUCAAAAAUUUCUCCUGCGGAAGAGACAGAAGGUGAAACUACUUUGUCUGACAUUGCAGCUGAGGACAUAAUAACGCCAACAGUUGAGGACAUUACUACUGAUUCCUUCGAACUUUAUGAUAAGCCAAAGGAAACAGCAGAAGUGGCUGAGACUGAAUAUACGGAAGAUGAAAUAACUGUGUCUGACAUAGAAACUGAAGCUGAAAUUACACCUCAAGUUGAAAAAAUAGGUAAAGAGCAAGUUGAACUUGAUGUUAAACCAACAGUCGAAGCUGAGGUAUCUGUUGCUGAAGAGACCCAAGAUGAAGUGACUGUAUCUGACAUUGCAGCUGAGGCUGAAAUGAUACCACAAAUCAAACAAAUUGCAACAGAGUCUGUAGUAAUUGAAGUUCAACCAAAAGUCAAAUCAGAAGUGGCUCUUGCUGAAGAGACAGAAGAUGAAGUUACUUUGUCUGGCAUAUCAGCUGAGAGCGUAAUAACGCCACACGUUGAAGACAUUAGUACUGCUUCUGUUGAAAUUGAUGUUAAACCAAUGGUAAAAGCAGAAGUGGCUCAGACUGAAGAUACCGUAGAUGAAAUGACUGUGUCUGAUGUUGAAACUCAAGCUGAAAUUAUACCUCAAGUUGAAGAAAUAGGUAAAGAGACUUUGGAAAUUGAUGUUAAACCAACAGUCGUAGCUCAAGUAUCUCUUGCCAAAGAGGCCCAAGAUGAAGUGACUGUAUCUGACAUUGCAGCUAAGGCUGAAAUUAUACCACAAAUAAAAGACAUUACAGCAGAGUCUGUCGAAAUCGAAGUUAAACCAGAAGUCGAAUCAACAAUUUCUCCUGCGGAAGAGACAGAAGGUGAAACUACUUUGUCUGACAUUGCAGCUGAGGCCAUAAUAACGCCAAAAGUUGAGGACAUUACUACUGAUUCUGUCAAACUUUAUGAUAAGUCAAAGGAAACAGCAGAAGUGGCUGAGACUGAAUAUACGGAAGAUGAAAUAACUGUGUCUGACAUAGAAGCUGAAGCUGAAAUUACACCUCAAGUUAAAGAAAUAGGUAAAGAGCAAGUUGAACUUGAUGUGAAACCAACAGUCGAAGCUGAGGUAUCUGUUGCUGGAGAGACCCAAGAUGAAGUGACUGUAUCUGACAUUGCAGCUGAGGCUGAAAUGAUAACACAAAUCAAACAAAUUACAACAGAUUCUGUAGUAAUUAAAGUUCAACCAAAAGUCAAAUCAGAAGUGGCUCUUGCUGAAGAGACAGAAGGUGAAGUUACUGUGUCUGGCAUUUCAGCUGAGACCGUAAUAACGCCACAAGUUGAAGACAUUAGUACUGCUUCUGUUGAAAUUGAUGUUAAACCAAUGGUAAAAGCAGAAGUGACUCUGACUGAAGAUACCGUAGAUGAAAUGACUGUGUCUGAUGUUGAAACUCAAGCUGAAAUUACACCUCAAAAUGAAGAAAUAGGUAAAGAGACUUUGGAAAUUGAUGUUAAACCAACAGUCGAAGCUGAAGUAUAUGUUGCUGAAGAGGCCCAAGAUACAGUGACUGUGUCUGACAUAGAUACUCAAGCUGUAAAUACACAGCGAGAUGUCGAAAUACAUAAAGAUUAUGUAGAGAAUCAGGUUAAACCAAAAAUGGAAGCAGAGGUGUUUGUAGCUGAAGAGACUCUGGUUGAAAUGACUGCGUCUGACAUUCAAACUCAUGCUGCAGUUAAACUUCAAGUUGAAGAAAUUGGUAAAGAGUUUAAAGUUAAACCAACAGUUGAAGCUGAGGUGUCCCUUUCUGAAGAGACCCAAGGUGAACUGAGGCCAAAAUAA